GCGCCGCCGCUUACGUCAGCAGAGCAUACUUUCUGCUGACGUAACCGUUCCGCGCUGUGGCGGCUGCUGUGGCACGGCUGGACGGCACUCCCCCUCUGCGGGCGGAGAUAUAAUGCCCCGCGGGGCAAGUUGCCCUCUCCGCCACAGCAGAGCACAGCAGAGCAGAGCAGCGCAGAGCCCCCUGGAACAGACAGCAGCCCCGAGCACACCGGAGCAUCGCCGCAACAGCCCCAAAAGACUGUGGAUGCAGGCUUUGCUCCCAGGGAUGCCUCUUCUGUUCUGUGUGUUGGCUAGAACUAGGGGUGCUGUGGUGUAGGGAGCAGGUGACAGAAAAGAUAGUGGGGUGGGGCGGAGCAGAGCAGUGUGCAGCGGUGUGCAGCGGUGUGGAACAGUGGAGUAUAAAGAGU